CCAGAAAAACCAAUCUGUCUGUCCUCAGAUUCCUUCUCGAUUUAAUAAAUCUCUUUGUUUUCCCCCCUUAAUUCAUGAUUAUCAGGCUUUAAUCACUUCCUGCCCAAUCUCUAAUCUCUCGCCAUCAAUGGUGGCGACAGGCGGGUUAUAGGUAAAUAAAGAAUCCGUCAACAAACAUAAUUGGCGUAUCUGGAUAAAAAAAGGAAGGAGAUCUCCCUUCACGCGAUUCAAAGAGCGAGAAAGCGUCCGAAACGACGGCGGCGCCGGCGGAACAAACCACCCAGUCAGCCUGCAGUUAUGAAUCCCACCGCUUUGAGGUAAUCUCUCGCUCCAGUCGUCGCUUUGCUUGGGCUCCAAGUCCGAAGCUUGCAGACUUGUUUUGUUUGCUUACGCACGACUUAACGACUCGUCAAAAGGUGGGGAAGGGGGAAGUGGGGUUGGGUUCAAUGGGAAGGAAGGCACGCAGGCAAGGUGUUUGUUGAAUUGAUUCUUUGAAGUUUACUCCAUAAAAAACAAAGAUUUUCCAACUAAUUAAACAGAAAUCGCCGACGACCCUCGAGCCCCUUUAUUUAGUUUUAGCCAUAAAUAGGGUGGGCCGUACAAAUUUAUGGCGAUUGGAGCUGCCAGCAACUGUUAGACCUUUGGCUGGGGAGAAGGGAGCAAAAGGGGAAAAGAGGGGGGGCGUUUCUUAUGAGGUCUGUGAUUGUUCUAAUAGCGGUACACAAGUGGGGAAGUGGGUCCUUUUCUCGUCGACUUUCUAACGGAGUCUCAAGUCUCGUGAUGCUCCUCGAUUGCUAGGGAUUGGGGUGAGGGGGGGGGGGGGGAGCUUCCAGAAUUCGCUAUUACACGUCUCUGCUUUUGACUGUAAGAGCAGAUGCUUCUGUUCGUUGAAUUCUUACUGAGAUUCCCUCUAGUGUAGGGUUUUUUUCUUCUCUAAUCCUGUUUCCUUGUUCCUUCGUUUUAUUUCUCCCUCUUUUUUCUUUGUUCUCAUCUGGAAGCUGGGGUUUGAUUUUCCACCAUACAGGGCCAGAAAGAGUCUGGAAACAGCUGUUUUUGUUGGGAUAUAAAGGGGUUUCCUUUUUUCCCCUUUUCGCUCCUCUUAUUAGGUUAGGUGUUUGGUGAGUUCACCUGAUGGAUUGGUUGGUUUCACCAGAACAAGAUUGAGUGUUGUUUCCUUUGAGAUUGAGAUUAUAAUUUGAGGGGUUCUGAUUUGAUCUCUCUUAUCCAGUCGCAUCUGAAUUGCGGGGCAGUUGACUUCUGCUGCUAAUUCUUGAAGAUCGGAGAGUUGAUCGAAGAUGGAAGAAACGCAGGGCAGCUCUAGUUCUCUGCCGCCUUUCCUCACAAAGACGUAUGAAAUGGUCGAUGAUCCGUCAACAGAUUCAGUAGUCUCGUGGAGUGCCAGUAAUAAAAGCUUCAUAGUAUGGAGUCCGCCGGAGUUCUCCCGUGAUUUGCUCCCCAGAUUCUUCAAGCACAACAACUUCUCCAGCUUCAUCAGACAGCUCAAUACUUAUGGCUUCAGGAAAGUAGACCCAGAACAAUGGGAAUUUGCGAACGAGGACUUCAUCAGAGGUCAACCACACCUUAUGAAGAACAUCCACAGAAGGAAGCCUGUUCACAGCCACUCUAUGCAGAGCCUACAACAAGUACAAGGAUCUAAUGGUAACAACAACCCCUUGUCAGACCCUGAAAGGCAGAGUUUGAAAGACGACAUCGAGAGGCUUAAACACGACAAAGAAGUGCUCGUCGUCGAGUUACAGAGGAAAGAGCAAGAGAGACGAGCGUUCGAGCUGCAAAUGCAGGUUCUGAGAGACAAAUUUCAAGAACUCGAACGGCGUCAGCAGACGAUUGCUUCUUGCCUUACAAAGGCAAUGAACACACCACCAGGGCUAGCCCUGGAUCUCAUGCCACAGCAGGUAGAAGUUCAUGAGAGAAAGAGAAGGCUGCCUAGAAUCGGUUGCUUCGAAGAAGAACUCAUGUCGGAGAACACCAACAAUGACAGCAAUCAAAUGGAGAUAUCAUCAGCAUGUCUGGCCAGAGAAAAUGUAGAGAAGUGUGAGCUGUUGGAGUCAUCUUUGACAUUCUGGGAGAACGUUGUGAACGAUGUCAGUCAAACAACAACUGCAACACCAUUCAAUCAUAACCAGUACACACCGUCGCUGGUGGAGAUGGAUGAGUGUACAAGCUGUGCAGACAGCCCAGCACAAUCCAUCAUGCAGCUGAACAUAUCAGAUGUUGUUGUUCAUCCCAGAUCCCCAGGAAUAGACAUGAAUUGUGAGCCUGUAACAACUAGUGAGCUCAGCCCGCCAAAGGAACGGGCAAGUGGAACAACAACAACAGAGCCGCCUGCUGCUGCUGCUGCUGCUGCUGCUGCUGCUGCUGGGGUGAAUGAUGUGUUCUGGGAGCAACUGUUGACAGAGAAUCCUGGUUCAGCUGCAGCUGCAGCUGCUGAUGCACAGGAAGCCGAGUCGGAGAGAAGGGAUUCAGGUGACAAAAGGAAUGAGAUCAAACCUAGCAGUAGUGACCAUGGAAGGAAUUGGUGGAAUAUGAGGAGUGUAAAUAGUCUUGCGGGGCAGGUGGGGCCUCUUACCCCUGCUGCAGGAAGAACUUGAGAACAGAUACAUUCCUUUUUUGUUGUUUUGGUUUUUGUUUUGCCUGGCCUUUCCACUUCUUGAGAUAGUUGCACAUGUAAUAAAACUAGGUACAUGAUCGGGUCUUAUUGUGAUAUAUGAUAUAGAAGAGUAGUUCAGUGUUUUUUACUUUUUACAGUAUGCUGAAUCUUCUAAUAUUGUGCAUCGUGUCUCUUGUUGUUCGACUUUGCAUCUUACCAGGAAUACGUCUGUCUGUAUUGUGCUAUGUUUUUUGUGUUCUGUUCUGUUGUUAUUUUGCAGUAAAUAGACAGUUCUGUG